AUGUCGACUGAAGAACGUGGCCUUCCAGCUGUAGUGAUCGAUAAUGGUUCGUUUACAUGCAAGGCCGGCUUUGCAGGGGAAGAUCACUGGCGACAUAAUAUUCCAUGGGUACCUCGGAGUCACUCUCUGACACAUUCGGAACAGCUUUUUGCUUCCAUACAGAAUGGAAUCAUAACUGAUUGGGACGGGAUCGAAGCAAUGUGGUCUCAUAUAUUUCAAGAGCUAACAAUAGAUCCUCAACAAUAUCCUAUGCUUCUUACAGAAAAGCCUCUGAAUCCUAGAGGGUGUCGUGAGAAAACAACACACAUUAUGUUUGAGAAAUUCGAAAUACCUUCACUCUACUUAACUAAUCAGUCUACACUCUCUCUCUAUGCAUCGGGUCGUACAACAGGCAUUGGGAUUGAUUUAGGCGAUACUGUGAUGCACACAGUACCGAUUUAUGAAGGUUAUUCCAUUCCUCACACUGUUCACUUUCUUGAUAUUGAUCUUACUGAUUUUCUUAUGCGCUUACUAACUGAAGGCUAUUACUCAUUUACUCGUCGCAAUUGUGAGCGACAGAUUUUUCCGCGUAGUAAUCACAUAGGAUGCCACUUUCAUUUUACACAGUCGAUUUAUAGACAAAUACAACAACUCGGUUUAUCAAGCGCUUAUUGUAAUGAUGAUGGUAUUCGUAUGACGUGUAGAAAACUAAUGGCUUUGGCACUAUUGCCGCCACCACUUGUAUUAAAAUCUUUCGAAGAUCUUCAUGAAAGUGUAUUACUUGCAUCAUCAUCGUCAUCAGUACUUCAUUCAUUGAAACCUCUAUUUGAUUAUUUUGAACAUUAUUGGAUUAACACAGUAGAUUUAAAAAAAUGGAAUGUUUAUGGCAUUCGUGUUAAAACAAAUAAUAAUGCAGAAGGCAUAUAG